AUGCAGCUUGUUAUAACGACUGUUGGCAUCCUUCGGUGUAUAAAUUCCACCCUUGAAUCAUACUUUGCACAUGAACUAUGUAAGCAAUAUUUGCUCACUAGUGGGCGUAAGAAAAGCCAUUUAUUCUGUUAUAGUAAGUGCAGUAACAAGAUGCUUAAACCUCAAGACAAUGCUAACGACGCUAAACCUCAGAACAAUGUUAACCAAAAUGAUAAUUUGAGAGCUAUGCAGAGAAUGGUGUACCAUUCGCUGACCGAUGUCCCUCGUAACCUCAAGGAGUGCCUUGACUGGCUGAUAGCUGUCAAGGGAACUUCCAAGUUUAACACGCAGGCUUUAGGUUACGCACUUUACAAUUUCCUAGUAGACAAGCCUGUCGGUACGACGUAUGUACCAUCUGUCGAAAAAGUCAAACGCCUUUCGAGGGAGUUCAUGCAGAAAAAGGAAUUUAAGGACUUGCCGGCAGUUGGAGACCUGCUGCGUAGAUUCACGGAACGUAUGAAUAAAACCGACUUUGUGGAUAUCAAGCGCUUUUUUGCGCUCCACGAAAGUGAUUAUGAAAACAUCGUAAAGGUCAAUGGUGUCACACCUGACAGCAUCGCAAAGGAUGUAGAUAAAAUUGCGGAUGGCUGUGAGCAGUUCCUGAAUGAGAUUAAAACCCCUGGCCAGUACGAGUCCGCUUACAGUUCAGAAGCGACGUGGGAGGCCUCGUGCUCGAAGAGGCCGGAAGACUGUGCAGCAGUCCUCGUGGGGAUUGCGCCAAUGUUGUACGCAGGUUUACAUUCUUUGCAGUUGGCAACCCUUUAUGAAUGUUUUUGA